AUGCAAGGAGCCGCCUGUUCUCUCAACUCCACAAACGAGCUCGCGCCGAACGCCUAUCACACAGUCGACUACACCACCGCCACCAGCGCCCUGAUCAUCCGGUGCAUGUCGCGCAGAUCUUGGGAGCGGCAUUCGCUGCAGGACGUGGUGCAGAUGUGCGCGAACGCGGUCGCGAACAAGGCGGCAGCGGACUACAAUAAUGCCCCGUUCGAGGGGGAGGAUGCUAUCAGGGCGGUCACUCAGGAGAUACUUUUUAACGCGGACGCGUAG